AUGGCUCCGCCUACUUAUGGCUGGAGUAGAUUCGAUUCAAGCGCAUGGUGGUCACAAAUGAGGGCUUGGAGCUCAUCUCCAAGUCCUUCAAGAUCUUUAAGGUCCUCGUGCGAGGAGUUCAUCACCGUGUGCUUAGCCGGUGUUGCUGCCAAUUGCAGUCCAUAUGAGAUAAAGACUCUUGGUAAUGGCAUGAGCUUCAUCCUUUCUCCCUUUGAUCGUCCAUUGAUCAUCAGCAAAUGCACCACUGAAGAGCGCCAGGAAAAGCUCUCCAGACUUAGGAAUAAGAAGACAAAGAGGAACUUCGACAGGAAUAUCAAGUAUGCUUGCAGGAAGGCUCUUGCUGACAAUCAACCAAGGAUUCGUGGAAGGUUUGUAAGGACUGAAGAAUCUGAUGUCAAGAGGCAAUAA